AGCCAUGUGUAGUGGGACUUAACCCACCCAUCCCCUGCUUUCUCCUAUUUAAAAUCAGACUGAUUCCCAUAGAUUUGAAGAGAGUUAGAUUGGAAGACUUCAAACCCCUCCUCACUUAGUCUGCUUAACACAGACAACAAACACUACCCAAUUUCUAGAUUAAGAAGAAGAUCUGGAAGUAACCAUGGAAAAGCUUGAAGAUGACUUGUUCUUUGCAGACUUAACUAGGCAAAUCUCUCUGCUAAUUAUGGAUGAUGAUGAGGACCCUGUUGCAACUUGCCCUUCAGUUUCUCUUCAGGCUUUCUCCUGUGCAAUCCAUCAUCCACCUGCACAACCUACUUUUCUGUAUGAACAAUCCUGCAGAAGAGAAACCAAAGGAACAGGAGUUUUUAUCCCCCAGUCAUCUCAGCCAAGAAGAAAGCACAGGCAGGGAAGGUUUGCUUCAUACAACACAAAAUCCCACAGAUCAUCACAAGCUGAUCAUCACAAAAGGAUGGUUUCCAAAGUAUCUUCUGACUGUGCUUUUAGACCCAAAAAUGGAUGAGAUUAGAACCUAAUCAUGAAGUGUACAAUGCAAUAAAAUUUCUACAGAUGAGCCCCUUUGCCUAACAUGGGCAAGGCAAGGGUUUUAUGAUGCUACUAUUUUAUGUUAUGGUGAUGAUAUAUACAUGUAUGGCAAGGCAAGGAAAAGCUAUAUAUUUCGUUCUUUACUCUGUCAAGGGGAGGCUUACCAAAGGUUUGUACCCUUAGAAUUGCGGACAUGUAUGGGGAUUGUUAGGUUGGAUAUAGGAUGAAAUUUUCUAAUUCAUUAGAUUGAUUCUAUUAA